AUGGGUUCAAGUCGAAUAGCACAAGUCGACUUGGACGAGGUCCAAGUUGAAAGCCUAUUCUGGAGUUCAACGGUGGUUUGCCAGGUGCUUGGGGCUAACCCUCCAUUUGCUAUUUUCGAAGGUUUUAUCAAGAGGAUAUGGGGUAAACUUGGCAUUGAGAGAAUUGCUAGGCUGAAUAAUGGGCUCACACUUGUUAAUUUUCGUGAUGAACUCACUAGGGAUUUGGUUUUGGAAGCUGGGGUGCUACAUUUUGACAGGAAGCCAGCGAUAGUGAAGCCUUGGUCUGCUGAUUUAGAUACUCUGAAGGCAGUGAAGUCAGUUCCUGUAUGGGUUAGACUGCCAGGUCUUGGGCUGCAAUAUUGGGGCACUAAGUGCUUGAGUGCGCUUAUGAGCACGAUUGGGGUACCGAUCUUGAUAGAUAAAGUUACGAAGGACAAAUCUAUGAUGCAGUUUGCUAGAGUUUUAGUGGAGAUAGAAUUUUCGGAGGAUCUCCCUAAAUCGGUUCAAUUUCUCAAUGAGAAAGGGCAGCUAAUGGAGCAACUUCUGGAGUUUGAGUGGCUUCCUACUCAAUGUAGGGGGUGUAAAGUGUAUGGCCAUACUAAAAGAAUGUGUAAUAAGAAGCCCUCUGAGAUUUGGAGACACAAAACCAGAAUUGGAGAGGAUGAGGCCAGGCAAGUCCCUGUGGCUCAGACAUUUGUUUCAGAGGUCAAAGAGACAGUGAAUACUGAGACUAGGCCUCAUGUUUCAGUAAAUGGGAAUGUGGAUACUGAGGCUCAUUCUGUGAAUUCUAAGGAGUUGGACAAGCCCCAGGAGAGUUCAAAGAAAACUGUUCCUAAGUCAUCUGUUGUAAACCAGAUUCGUACACCAGGUACUAAGACGAAUGAUGGAGGUUCCUUGUUGGAGACCAAACUUUGGGGUGAUAAGAUUAAGAAUAUGAUGCAAUCUUUUUUCAGAGGCUGGAGCUAUUUUUCUGGUUUAGUUUUAGAAGGCAGAUUGUUGCUUAUUUGGCAGCAAAAUUUGGUGUCUGUAGCUGUUCUUAAAGAAACCGAUCAGUUACUUCAUGCUUGUGUCAAGGGUCUAAGGACUAAUAAAAAAAUUUGUGUGACGUUUGUUUAUGGUAGAAAUUCAAUUGAUGAAAGAGUGGCUCUUUGGAGGGAUCUGACUAACCUUUGUUUUCCAGCUGCUGCUUGGCUGUUAACUGGGGAUUUUAAUGCUAUUUUUGAGAGUGAGGACAGAAUUGUUUUUAAGAAUGAAGAUUGGUUGGACUUUUUUCCUCAAUCCGAGGCUGUGUUCAACUGGCAACUUCAUUCUGACCAUUGCUAUUGCAUUAUCAAACCAGAGGUUUCUGUGAACUGUGGUGUUAAAAUUUUCAAGUUCUUCAAUAUGUGGACAAAUCAUGAAAACUGUAAGACUACUGUCAUGCAAAGCUGGUGCAAACCUAUUCGAGGGUCUAGGCUGGUUCGUAUCUGUAAAAAACUGAGCAGGCUUCAGUUGGUGCUUCGAAAGUUUAAUAGGCAUAUCAUGGGGGAUGUUGCCCAGAAUUAUAUGUUGGCUAAGGAGAAGUUUCAGGCUGCCCAGAUUUCCCUGCAGAGUAAUCCUCAUUCGGUUAAUCUUCAAAGACUUGAAGCUGGAGUAGGUGACAAGCUUGCCAGAAUUUAUGAGAGUUUCCUGAAACAGAAAAGUAAAGUGGACUGGCUGCGUUUUGGUGAUGACAACACGACUUAUUUUCACGCCUGUUUAAAACAAAGGAGAGCCUCUAACUGUAUCACUUCUGUAGUAACUGAAUUUGGUCAGAGUAUUGAAAACUUUGAUGAUGUUGUGGAUCAUUUUGUGACUCAUUUCCAGAAAAUUAUGGGAAGCAAAAGCAUGGCCUCUAGAUCCAAUCAGAAAUCUUGUUUUGAUCUGGGUCAUAAACUGACCCUGGAUCAGCAGGUUAGCUUAGUAAAGCCAUUCUCUACCAAGGAAGUUAAAGAGGCGUUAUUUAGCAUUAACUCUAUUAAAAGUCUGGGGCCUGAUGGGUUUGGCUCGGGCUUUUUCAAAGUGCUAUGGAGAGAGUUAGAGGCUGAAAUCUCAGCAGCCAUUUUGGAUUUCUUUGAGUGUGGUAAUCUGCCAGAGGAAGUUAAUAAGGCUACUAUUUCCUUGAUCCCUAAGACUGAGACUCAUUCUCGAGCAGCGGAUUAUAGGCCUAUUGCGUGUUGCAAUUCUAUUUACAAAUGCAUUUCUAAAAUUCUUUGUAGUAGAUUGGCAUCGGUGCUUCCAAGUCUUGUCCAUCAAAAUCAAGGAGCCUUUGUUAAAAACAGGUUAUUGGCGCAUAAUAUUCUUAUUCUUCAAGUUAUUAUUAAAGGCUAUAAGUGGAAAAACAUUUCCCCUAGGUGUGUUUUGAAGAUUGACUUGAGCAAAGCCUAUGAUAUGUUAGAUUGGAAUUUUUUGGAGGAUAUUCUUACUGAAUUCUGUUUUCUAGUUAAAUUCAUCAAUUGGGUCAUGGCUUGCUUGAAGGAUCCAACUUAUUUGAUUCUUAUGAAUGGGAAGGUUCAAGGGGAGUUUAAAGGUCGGAAGGGGCUAAGGCAAGGGGACCUGAUUUCUCCUUUGUUGUUUGUAUUAGCUAUUGAAUAUUGUACCCGGUUACUAAGGCAAGCUUCCAUGGACAAGGGGUUCCGGUUUCAUCCCAAGUGUAAGCACCUUAAAAUUGUCAAUCUCUGUUUUGCAGAUGACUUGGUCAUAUUUUGCAAGGGGGUCAAUAGCUCGGUUCAGAUUAUAAGGGAUAGUUUUAAUGAGUUCUGUUGUGCUUCUGGUUUGACGGCCAAUAAGGACAAUUCUCAGGUUUAUUUUGGUGGUGUGGCUGAAAAAGAGACUCAGAAUUUGCUUGAGGGGCUUCGAUUCACUGAAGGAAAUUUCCCCCUAAAAUAUUUGGGAGUUCCUCUUCGAACAACAAGAUGGAAGGCUGGUGAUUGUUCUCUCAUUAUCAAAAAUAUUCAGCUAAAAUUACAUACUUGGGAGAGUCGUCACCUAUCUUUUGCGAGGAGGGCACAAUUAAUCAACUCGGUGCUUCUGAGUAUAAGAUCUUUUUGGAUGAGUAUCUUCAUUCUCCCUAAGAGUGUCACCAAGGAGGUGGAUCGGCUUUGCAUAAACUUUCUUUGGGGAGUUAAGGAUAAUAAUAUUCAGCGAAGUAAGAUGCAUUUUACUGCUUGGGAUCAGGGUCAAGAUUUCUGGCAUUAUAGAGCUUCUCAGGAUGUGAGUUGGUAUUGGAGAAGAUUGGUUAAGUUUAGAGAUGAUUUCCCUGCUCAUAGGCUUGAUGAGGCAGUCAAUCAUAGCAAACUUUGUUUGAAAAUUCUGUAUCACAGGUUACUUAACAAGGACAGAGUUUUCUUUGCGAAUGUGAUUAGAGGUCAGGUGGAAAGCUGGCUGGGAAGAGGUAUUUGGCCGAAUCAAUAUGAUGAGUGGUGUUCUUGGAUGGCUGGUAAACCAAAGGGGCUGAAGCAAUCUGUGAUUUCUGCUGCUUUAGCAACAACUGUUUACAUGUCAUGGAGGAAUAUGAACAAUUGUAUUUUUAAGUUUAGCUCUUUUUCUGUGGGCUUUGUUAUUAAUUUGAUCAAGUACUUUGUGAGGGGUAGGCUUCUUAGUCAUACUAAGAAGAAUAUAAGGAAAAAUGAUCUAGCUUUUUUUGAUAAAGUUGUUCAGAUGUAA